CCAUCUGAAGCCAUGGCCUUCCCCAGUGUUUUCCUGUCAGAGGAGCAGUUUCACUGUUGCAUUUGUCAGGACGUUUUCUCUGAGCCCGUCUCCAUCCCGUGCGGACACAGCUUCUGCUCAGCCUGCAUAACAACACACUGGGACAGCAGCCAUGAAAUCAACUGCCCCAGAUGUAACAGGGUCUUUCAAGGCCGGCCAGAGCUUUGCAAGAACUCCUUUGCCAAGGAAAUGGCUGAACAGAUCCGAGCGAGAAUGCAAAACGGAGGGCAGACAGUGACGGGGAAAUCCGCAUGUGUGUAUUGUGAUGUAUGUGUCGGGAGUAAGAUGGAGGCCCUGAAGUCCUGCCCGGUGUGUCUCACCUCGUACUGUGAGGCUCACCUGGAGCCUCACUUCAGAGUUGCCACCUUGAAGAUCCACAGGCUGAUGGAGCCUGUGGCAAACCUGGAGGACAGGAUCUGCAAGCUGCACCAACGGCUGAUGGAGCUGUUCUGCAGGAGCGAUCAGAGGUGUGUGUGUGUUCUGUGCACCGAGACCGACCACCGCUGCCAUGACACCGUCCCAGUGGAGAGGGAGAGCAGGGACAAGAAGGCUCAGGUGAAAAGUAUAGAGGCAGAGGUGCAGCAGAUGAUCCAGGACAGACUGGAGAAGGUGGAGGAGAUCAAGCAGUCUGUUGAGCUCAGCAAAAAAAACUCAAAGCAGGAUAUAGAAGACAGCAGGACGGUCUUCUCCACUUUGCUGUGCUCCAUUGAGAGGAGCCAGGCUGAGCUCAUCGAGGUGAUCCAGAAGCAGCAGAAAGCAGCAGAGAAGAGGGCAAAGGGGCUCAUCGCAGAGCUGGAGCAGGAGAUCAUCAACCUGGAGAGACAUAGAAGCAAAGUGGCACAGCUUUCUGACACUGAGGACAGUCUCCAUCUUCUACAGACCUUUCCAUCUCUGAGUUCUCUUCCAUCCACCAAAGACUUCUCUGACAAGCUUGUCCAUCCAGAUACGUGUGUGGGGACUGUAAGGAGAGCAGUCGCCCACGUUGAAGAGCUGCUGCAAGCGGCUCUGAAACAGGUUUCCAUCCGAGAGCAUGAGAAGAUGCAGCAAUAUGCAGCUGAUGUUCAUCUGGAUCCCUGGACAGCCAACCCCUGGCUGUUACUAUCAGAGGAUGGCAGACAGGUGUGGGAUGGAGAGGCUGAGCAGAAGCUGCUGGAUUUGCCACAGCGUUUCGACACAGCACCGUGCGUCCUCGCCACCAAGGGUUUCUCCACAGGGAGGCACUACUGGGAGGUUUAUGUGGGAGACAAGACAGCGUGGGACUUGGGCGUGGCUCGCCAGUCAGUCAACAGGAAGGGCCUGGUCACGCUGAGCCCCGAGGACGGCUACUGGGCCAUUUGUUUGAGGAAGGGAAGCGAGUACCGGGCUUGUGCUGGCCAGGCGGUGAUGCUGUGUCUCUCCCAGAGGCCGCAGGUUGUUGGGGUGUUUGUGGAUUAUGAGGACGGGACGGUGUCGUUCUAUGAUGCGGAGGCCAGGUCUCACAUCUAUUCCUUUACCAAUUUCCACUUCACUGAGACCAUGUUCCCUCUUUUUAACCCGGACAUGAUCGAAAAAGGCAUCAACAAAUCACCACUCAUUAUCCUUCCUCUCACCAGUGACAGGGACUUGGACGACAUUACAAUAUGACUUUGAUAGAUAGAUAGACAGAUAGAUAGAUACCAUGUUUACUUAACACACAUAACACACAUUUAAAAAGAAGAAACUGGAGAAGAGUUAAGUCUGCAGGCUAUAUAGUAAAAAUGUUGUUCUCUGUAUGAAUCCCAUGAAUGUUUUUUACAGAGCAAAAUUUGUCACCUGGAAUUCAUUUUUUAAAUUUUAUUUUCUUUACUUGGAUUCAUACAGCAUUAGAGCAGCAGUUUAUAUAAUCAUCAUUAGUUAUGAUUUUUAGAGAGUGAUCCAUCUGUUCAGUAUUUUCCAGUAUAAUUACAGAACAAAAAAAUACUGAGAGAAAAAAAAUCCAAAAAGGGCGUUUUG